CGAGAAGAUGAUAUCGAAUGCUAUAAUAAUUAGCUGCGCCGUUCUGGCAAUCAUUUUCGUUGCUUACCUGCCGUUGGGUGACGCGGUCACCUGUACAGUGGAGCCCGAUAAUGUAGACUGUGUCGACUGCCUCGAUCCCAUCAAUAUUGAAAAUGCCGAGUGCAUUGCUGAAGACUAUGAAUACUACGAAGAUGACGACGACGCUUUGGCAACGCGACGUCCGCCCAGGUGGGACCAACCUGGCAGGCGUCCAGGCAGGAGGAGGCGUGGUCCAAGGCACGGACACAGACACGGCCACAGCCACAAUCGUCAGCCGCAAACUCUGCUGGGCCGCAUUCUGCAAAAGAAACUAAACAUUAUAAAUGGAUUAAGACAGGGCUAAAGCGUUUUGGAAAUAAGUGAAAAACUAGAGAAUAUA